GAAACACGACGCCGGCGACGAGGGAUACGGGCAGGAAGAAGACGGCGGUGCUUGGCAACGCCGGUAGCGGUGCUUGAAGAAAGACGAAGUCGGCCGAGCAAGAAGGAAGACAUCGACGCUAGUAGCGCGAGUAAGACGACUACACCAGCUGCGAAGAGAAGAAAUUUUUUGAGGAACAACCCG